CAAGGACAGUCGUUGCUUAGUAGCAGAAAGAAGCGGGAUUUUGUAGGUUUAAGGAUAUGGAACCUGUAUCACAACAGCGACUAGACGAAUUGAAGGCAAAAAUAGCAUUGCUUGAGGGUGAUCGUAAAGCAUAUUAUGAAAAUUCCGUACAAGCUGUUUCAGAAAAUAAGAAACGAGUAUCAGAUCUUCGUCUUGAAAAUAAUAAACUAAGAAAUAUCCUUCGAGAAAGGCUUUCGGCUGAUCAACAUAUUAUCAAUCAUGUCCUGCACAACCGGCAGGCUGAUAGGGUUUGCAUGUCUAAUAAAACUGGGGCAGUGAGUGACCGAUAUAGGGAAAUAAAAGCUAUUUUCUAGAUGGUAAUCGAACUUUUGGACAAUCGCACGUGUGAUGCAAGAAAAAAGCUUAACUCUCUCAAGCAUAUGACUGUUCAAAAGGAGAAGAAAAUAGAAGAGAUAAAAUCACAGUAUAGAGAGAUUACGGAACUUAUUGAGUAUGGAAACGCAACUUAUGCAGGAACUAAUAAAGAGGGAAAAAUGUUAAGAAACUUAGAAAACCGACUUGAUAAAGCUUUGCUUAAAUACCACGAAGCAGAACACAUCAGGAAAACCUAUGAACAAAUAAAAGAAAAGCUUCAAGAUGAACAUCUAACAUAUGAACACAGUCUGGACUCUCUUGAAAAGCAAAUAAAAGCUACUCAGGUUGAAGUUUCAGAACUGCAACGAAUGUAUAAUGAUGCAAUUGUGGCCAGGGAUACCGCACAACAGGAGUUGAAAUUUCAAGAAGAACAUACAGCAAACGAACGUCGACGUCGAGAAAUAGAACUCGCAAACAUGAAAAGGAUUGCCGAGGGCAAGAAGCUCGCUGUCGAUAGGAGUGACUACCAACAAGGCAGAGAGUCACUUUCUUCUGCUAACGUACAAAGCGGAAGUGUUCAAGGAGACAGCAUUGGUACUGGAGAACGAAUUUCGGGAACAGGUGGGAUAAGUAUAACAGAGGAACAACAAAUUAAAAUAUCUAAAUAUGAGGAGUCAUUUAAAACUAUUAAAGAAGUUACUGGACUGUCUGAUCUUGAUCAGAUUGUUAAGAGGUUUGAAAGUCAAGGGGAAACUUUAAGAAAUUUAAAUGAAUUAAAAGACAAGGCUGAAGAACAAUGUCAGAAACUUCGUAAACAAAGGGAUCAACUACAGCAAGAUUUUGAAGAACUUAAGUAUUCAGGAGAAACGGAAAUAGAAAGCGCUAAUCAAGUAAUAAAACAACAUCAAAAUGAAGCACAAAUAGAAAAUGAACGUCGUAUAAAGUGUUAUCAAAAUUUAGAAAAUGCUAAUCAUUUAUUAAUUCAAUGUAAAACUGGAGUUGAUCAUAUUUACGAUAAAUUAUCUUUUUUAAAUGUACACAUAACAAAAGGUAUAGAACAUUUUCAUAAAGAUGAUGAAGAAAAAGAUGAAGAAUUAAUUAAAGAUGAACAAAAUAUUAUUGAUAAUAGUGAUAUACCAGAAAUGUUGAAAAUAUGUAAUAAUAAAUUAGAUGAACUUAUGUGUAGUUUAAAUAAUAUUAAUAUUGAAGAACAACUUAAUUUAAUAGAACAAGAAGAAUUUUACACAAAGCUUGAUAGUAAAUUACCAGAGAACAAUAUAAGAAUACAAUUUCCAAAAGUAAAGAAUGAAGGUAACCCUGAUGAUGAUGAUGGUGGAGCGGAUGAUAAUGAAGUGUUAACUAGAGCUGCUUUAAAGAAACAAGCUCAACAAAUAGUUGAAAUGAGAAAUAAGAAGAGACAAACUAGAAAGAAGAAAAGAAGAGUUCGAUAAAAUAAAAAUGAUGAUGUGAUUAUCCAACUGUAUGCAAACAUACUGUUUUUAUUCUUAUGCACAGGCAUCCAUUAAGUCAAACUAGAGUGAACAAGAUAUAGAUAACAUUAUUUCCAUACGAAAAGCACCACUGUUUAUACAAUAGUCAUAGGAAAUGUGAAACGAAUUUUCAAAAUGAUAGGACACUGAAUCAAUGAUUAUUUGUUUCUUGAAAAGAAAAAAGCUAAAACAUGAAAUUUCACUUUUCUUUCUCUUAACUUUCCUUCCUUUUUCAUAAAAUAUAUCGCUUUUAUAUCUUA